GAUCUCACUCUGAGUUUUGGAUGCUUCAGUUUUGAGUCACAUGCACAGCUGAUCGAGGAAGAGAAGAAUCAAGCAAGAACAUAACGUGUGAAAGAGAAGUUGACGGUGGACAUCUACAGGAUGAUCUUGGGAAGUGUAAACCGACCGGGGCCGCCGGUCCCUGCCUUCCUCAGGAGCCCAUCUGUCAUCCCAACCCCGCUGGCGAUGAAGCCCUUCCUACGGUUCCCCCUGGAGUCGCAUCAUCCAGCCGGUAUCGGCCUCUUCCACAACUUUAAUAUCAUGGAUCCCGUCCAGAAAGCUGUGAUGACGCACACCUUCGGGCCACCCAUGGUGAAGACAAAGCGGCCAAUCAUCUCCUGUAACAUCUGUCAAAUACGCUUCAACUCAGAGAGCCAGGCUGAGGCCCACUACAAGGGGAACCGCCAUGCUCGGAGGGUGAAGGGGAUCGAGACAUCCAAGACAACUCAUCUCCAAGAGGGCGACAAGCAGCACCCUCCCCCUACCGCUUCACCCUCCCCACGAGGCCCCUCGCCAUCUAGCCCCUCACCUGAUCCUAAUAGGCAGGAUGACAGCCAAUCCUGUCCCAACUCUAACAAGUCACCCUUGACCCCUAGCCCCCUUCCAACACCAACACUGAGCUCAGAUGCAGAGUGUCCCCUCUUGACUUCUGUCAGCACACCUUUGGCAUCCUCUCCCUCCCCCACCAUGGCCAUCAGCACCUCCUCUGCAGAUCCAGCAGCGACUGGCGUUCCCGAAACCCCGUCCCCAGCACCGAGCCCUUCUUCAGGAGAGUCAGAGGAAAAGAAAGCCAAUAAGCUUCUCUACUGUUCCCUGUGCAAAGUAGCUGUUAAUUCCCUCUCACAACUGGAAGCACAUAACAAAGGUACCAAACACAAAACCAUUCUGGAGGCUCGGAGUGGACUGGGACCCAUUAAAGUAUACCCACGUCUAAGUCCUAAACCCAGCUCAGAGCAGGGAGGGGAGCUGUCUUCUGACCCCAACACUCAGGAACGCACCUUCCACUGUGAAAUCUGCAACGUCAGAGUCAUCUCAGAGCUGCAGCUUAAACAGCACAUAUCUAGCCGGAGGCAUCGGGAUGGAGUUGCGGGGAAACCAAAUCCUCUUCUCAAUCGGCACAAGAAGCGCACAGACUUUAUGGAACUUCCAAAAACUUUGGGUGCCGGACUUUUACCAAAUCCUCUGGCUGUUGCCGCAGUGAUGGCAGCCGCAGCCUCCUCCAAUCAACUGGCACUACGUUCUCCUUGCCCAACAUCCCACCACCAUCCCCAUCACCACCUCCUACAGGGAACACCCCUCAGCCUGCUGAGGGCCGCCCCAGGUCCCAUGCGCACCACGCAUGGGCCGAUCCUCUUCACUCCUUACUGACGGUGAGAGGAUGAGGACGAUUCAGGAAGAAGCACACUGUGAAGUGGAGGCCUGCAACUAUGUGCCAUCAAGAGCCACACCAACUCCAGCUGCUGUUUCAUUAUCGCCUAAUAAAAACAGUGAACAUAUGACUCUUCAUGGUGCAUACUAUGGUUGCAGACCACUACUGUUACGUUAACAGGGAGACGCAGAGAUACAACGUCUCAGACAUUUGAAAGAGAUCGUAUGUUUCCAUCCUCCCCAGUUUUCCUUUAUCACUCAACUAUCUGCCGAUCAUCAAGUCGACUGUGCAGGUAGUUUGAAGAGGAACUUAAAAACAAGUUUCUGUUAAGCAUGGACUUCUUUGAGCAUCCUCCAAUCUGCAACUCACUCAUUAUCUUUAUCUAACAUAAUGAUCCACUGUAUCUGACUCAAACCCUACCUCUCUCGUGUUGUAAGUGUUCACCUCUGCAAGGAUUCAUUACAUAUCCAAAGCAUCAAUGUAAUAAAAAACACGAUAUUGUGGUUGCUUCUGGUGUUAGCUGGUACCAUAACAUAUAGCUGUCACAAUAAAGUGGAUUAUACCACUGUAAUGUUUUGGUUUUGUGGCCUAUAAAAAAAAAGGUACCAACAUCUUCUGUAUUAUUUCUGCAGUUACUCGUAAAAAAAAUUCUGUACUGUCUACAUUUUCACAAUCGGCCUAAAUGGCCUAUUUUUACCUCUGUCGGAUAGAAACAGGAAGUCAAAGAGGAACAGCAAAAGGGAAGAAAGGACGUCUUAAAAAUGCUCUCAUGUCAACCACAUUUACAGUUUGGCAAAUCUAGACGUGCGAAGAAGUAAUUACCACUGGUGCACUAUGCAGCUAUUAGUGUUUAUUCUAACGGUUUGUGUAAAAUACAGUUUGGUUGGAGAAAGUAAGAAUAGAAUGAAAAGAAGCACCCAUGCCGUUCUUCUUUCUUUCGUGAAGGUCAAGAUGUCACUGUCUCCAAAGAAAUAGUUCCCCUGAUGAUUCACUAGGUUCUCCCUGAAUGGCCACUGACAAUACUGUGCGUUAAGUCCCACAAAGCACAUACAAGUCUGCGGUGAAAAGUCGACAUGUAAAUGCUUCAAAUAACUUGAGGAUCUAUCAUUUUCAUCUGCACUUCACUGCGCAACACAGAAAGGUUUCAGUAUCUUCAUGAAAUGGUUCCAACACUGUGAGCACAGCGGGAAAAAGGUUGAUUCAUGACUUUAAAUGAUGUGCACAUUUCAUUUGACAGACAUCACGAUCCCAUUCGAGGUGUGAGGAGAACAGUGGGAUGUUAGACACCAGCAACAUGUUACAGAAAGAAAAGGACCACAUAUACACAGAUGAGUAGUUGUAUGCAAAAGAAACAACACAAAAUGAUAGUAAUAUAGGCUUGUAGUGAGAUGAAAAGAAACUUGUAGUGUGUCUGCUCUGCCUUGUGUACUCCAACCCGACAUGACCCCAAACUUCCUCUGUACAACUGUCAUGAUGACUUGUGAAACAUUAGGGGGGCGCUUUAGGAAACAGAAACUGUAGCAAUACUUUAAGCACUCCUGCUAACUUUUCUUGUUAACCGCAAUAAAAACAAAAUGUACAAAUGUAUAAGUUGUUAUCUAGGAGAAGUGUAUUGAAACAUUACUGUAAAUGGAGUGUAUUUAAAAAAUGUUGGGGCUUCCUAAUUGUUAACUUUAAAAAAAAUCAUAUAUAACAUCAUUAA